GCACCUACCAGGGCCAGUGGCAAGCCGGGAAGCGGCACGGCUACGGCGUUCGCCAGAGCGUCCCCUACCGCCAGGCUGCCUUGGUGUGCUCCCUGCGCCGCACCUCGCUGGAAUCGCUCCGCAGCGACCCUGACCCUGGCGGGCCCCCUGCUCCACUCCCUCCCCCUCCCCUGCCCCCUCCGCUGCUCCCGGGGGACAGCCCGGCCUCGGGCUCCCGGGGCGGCUUCGUGCUGGCCUUCCCCGGUGACCCGCACUUCCCCAAGGGGGCCAAGAAGAAGACGGGGGGCUUCUUCUUCCGGCGCUCCCUGCUGCUGAGCGGUCUGCGGGUGCGCCGGGCUGAGUCCAAAGCCUCUCUGGGCAGUAAGCGGGGCUCGCUGAAGAGUGAAGCCGGGGUGAGCUCGACCGGGAGCGAAGCCACCACCCUGAGCUACGCCGAGACCGAACCCCCCGAGAUGCCGUCGCGGUUGGCCAUCGAGGGCUCCUCCACUGAGGUGUACGCCGGGGAGUGGCGUGCCGACCGGCGCAGCGGCUACGGGGUCAGCCGGCGCUCCAACGGGCUGCGCUACGAAGGCGAGUGGCUGGGGAACCGGCGGCAUGGCUACGGGCGCACCACCUACCCCGACGGCACCAAGGAAGAGGGCAAGUACAAGCUCAACCGCCUGGUGAGCGGCAAGGUCAAGAACCUCAUCCCGCUCCGGCGCAGCAAGGUGAAGGAGAAGGUGGACCGGGCGGUGGAGAUGGCCCGCAGAGCCGUCAGCCUGGCCAGGCAGAAGCAGGAAAUGGCGGCCACCAGGGCGGCCGAUGCCCGGCUGAAGGCCACGGCCGCGCUGGCCUCUGCCGAGAAGGCUGUGGAGGCGGCUCGAGUGGCCAAGAUCCUGGCCCAGGAUCUUCAGCCCAUCCUGGAUGACCCUGAGCCACGGCCCCGCCUGGACUCCGAAGGCACCGACACGGACCUGUUAGAAUAUGACAGCCCGGGGGUCUACGAAAAUGGGGUCACCCCAUCCGACGUGACCCCAGACCCCAGCUACCCCCCCACCCCGCUGCAGCCCUGGAGGGGGGACCCCCGCCGGACUUGGCACCCUCUGGAGAACGGAGGACCCCCUCGAGUGCCCCCUGCGGAUGCAUCAGACCCUGAGGACGAGUGGGGGUGCCGGAGGUUCCCUGCCCGGACACCGGGGUUCCCACCCGAGGGACUGUGGGAGGGGGACGAGGCAGGGCGCCCCCUGGUGGGCACCCCACCCAGCGGCAGCUCUGGAAGCCUCCAGGAGGAAGAGGAGGAGGAGGACUAUGAGGAAGAUCUCCCCCAGCUGGAUAUUGGGGAGCCCCAGGCGGCGCCAGAGGUGGCGGGACCCCCGGGGCACUCUGGACUGGGGGCUGACAAGCUGCCUUCAGGGGUGGGGGCUGCGGCUCAGGGUGAGAAGGAGACAGGAGCAGCCGUGAGACAG